UGAAUUUCAAUAUAUGCAUGAAAUCACUGCCAUGCCUUUUUUUGUUUUCAUCCAUUUUUUUUUUCUUGCUCUAAAAUGACUCAAUUAGGAAAACAGGCAACUAUCUUUGACCUAAGCUUAGACACAAAACUAGCCAUCAUAAGCUAUCUUGACAAUAGAUCAUUGGCAAACCUUUCAAAAACAUGUUCAUAUUUCGCUAUGCUGGCAAGAAGCGUACUUGCUUACAGAAUAGCCUACGUGGAUACUGUCAAUAGACCAAUACCUGCUUUACCUCCUUUUAUCAACUUUAGAGCUGGUGUAGCGAUCGGCACGACAUUCUACAUGCCAUUCAUGAGCGAAUCUCUACUUUGCUAUACCUUUGAUCUUCUCGCUCAAGAAUGGUCCUCUCACAAGCUGAAACCUAUAGACCAUGACGAGAUUCAUCCUCAAGUCACUAGUGCUGCUGCUAUCGGACACAAGAUCUAUCUUGUGGGUGGACGUUUGCUGAAAUCAUACACCUUGUCUAAUAGUCUGAUCGAAAUUGAUACACGUACCUUUACGAUUCGUAUUGUCAAAGAUGCUCAAGGCUCACCACCAAGGCCAAGGCACGAGCACUCAGUUGAUACGGUUGAUAAUCGCUAUUUGAUCGUCUUCGGUGGUUUAUGCUAUAACUCUGUAGGCGAAAAUGACGUAUUCGUAUACGAUUCACUCGAAAAUACCUGGUUUGUACCUCCUAUUAGUGGGUAAGAAAAAACGAGUCUAUUAAAAAAAAUCUAAGAUAACUGUAUAGUCAAAUACCUCAUUUGAGAUUUGGCCAUGCAAGUGCUGUCAUAGGCAG